CUGUGCUUACCAAAAUCACGAUUUUAGGAUAUAUAAGCAAGCUGUCGACUCUCAGAAUUAUCAUUCGGGAUCCCCUCGACGCAUCCAAAUUAUCUAACCCAAGACAUGCGUUUUUCAUUACUCCUUGCUGUUGUUGCUACUCUGACAGCAUCCAUAAUGUCUGUCAGUGCAUGCACAGACCAAAACGGGCUUUGUGGCGCGAGUAACGUGGGAGGCGAUCCAUGCUGCUCAGGCCUUACUUGCAAGUUGGGUCGGCCCAAACCAAGUCUGGUACUGCCAGUAGCCUUCUCUCGAUUGGCUUCGAAGACCGAGGAUGUUCGUGACAAUGAUCGAUAUUCUUAUUACUGCACGAAUUUCCGGGUUUUUAUCGAGCAGACUCUAGCAUAAUAUAACAUUAGAAAAACUUCCUCGCAAAUUGAUAAAACACGUUCAUGUUACUCGACUUGCGUGCGAUUUCCCACCAAUGCACAAAAAAUGGUGUAUUCAGCCAACAUCAAAGUUGAAGAUCGUCAAGACAGAUCAUGAAGAAGGAAGAAGGGCUAGUGCCGGU